CACUUAAAAUCAAAAUAAACAAAGUCGCAAUUUUUACUCGCGGGUUGUUGGCAAUCGUUUUAAAAAGUUAUUAUAAUAAAUUAUAAUAAAAAAGUGGCAGGAUAAAACAGUGUAAAAUAAUGUCCGCAAACGCGCCUCCGGUCAAGCGCUACCGCCGCGAAGAAAAGGACUCCGAUGCCAGUGACCAUGGCGAGGAUGACGAUAAGUACGUUCCCUAUGUGCCGGUGAAGGAACGCAAGAAGCAACAGCUGCUCAAAUUGGGUCGGAUAGUGCAGUUAACGGCGGAGGCUUCCAACGUGGGGAAAUCCUCCAGCGAGAACGAACACGACGAGGAGAAUGCCGAGGAAGCAUGGGGCCGGAAGUUUAACAUCAGCUUGUUGGAUCAGCACACCGAGCUGAAGAAGAUUGCCGAGGCGAAAAAGAUCAGCGCCGUCGAGAAGCAACUGAAGGAGGAAGAGAAAAUUCUCGAAAGCGUGGCGGAAAAGAAGGCCCUCAUGGGUGUGGCUGAAUUGGCCAAAGGCAUCCAGUACGAGGAUCCGAUCAAAACCAGCUGGAAGGCUCCCCGGUACAUCCUGUCCCGGACGGAUGCAUCGCACGAAAGAGUUCGCGAGAAGAUGCGGAUAUUGGUCGACGGAGAGAACGUGCCGCCGCCGAUUUGUUCCUUCCGGGAGAUGAAGUUCCCCAAGGUGAUUCUGGCGGCACUCGAGAAGCGCAACAUCCGGAAGCCGUCGCCCAUUCAGGUGCAGGGGAUUCCCGCGGUGCUAUCGGGAAGAGACUUAAUCGGAAUUGCAUUCACCGGUUCGGGUAAAACGCUGGUCUUUGUGCUGCCGAUCAUCAUGUUUUCGUUGGAGCAGGAACUCCGACUGCCGUUCAUCAGCAAGGAAGGUCCUUACGGGUUGAUCAUUUGUCCCUCGCGGGAGUUGGCCAAACAGACGUAUGAUAUUAUUCAGUACUACUGUCAGCACUUGCGGAUGUCCGGAAUGCCGGAGAUACGGUCUGCGUUGGCCAUAGGAGGCGUUCCUGUGAAUGAGGCGCUGGCGAUCAUUCAACAGGGAUGUCACAUUAUGGUGGCCACUCCGGGUCGUCUGAUGGAUAUGCUGGACAAGAAGCUGCUCAAACUGGACGUCUGUCGAUAUCUUUGCAUGGAUGAGGCUGAUCGGAUGAUCGACGCCGGAUUCGAGGAGGACAUUCGUACUAUUUUCUCAUACUUUAAAGGUCAGAGACAAACGCUGCUCUUCUCCGCCACUAUGCCCAAGAAAAUCCAGAACUUUGCCAAAUCCGCUCUGGUCAAACCAGUAACGAUCAACGUGGGUCGUGCUGGAGCAGCUUCCAUGAACGUUACCCAGGACGUGGAGUACGUCAAACAGGAAGCUAAGGUCGUCUACCUUCUGGAUUGUCUACAGAAAACGCCUCCCCCAGUAUUGAUAUUCGCCGAGAAGAAGCAGGACGUAGACGCCAUCCACGAGUAUCUUCUCCUGAAAGGCGUUGAAGCCGUGGCUAUUCACGGUGGCAAAGACCAGGAAGAGCGAUACCGUUCCGUGGAGGGAUUCCGGAAUCAGGAAAAGGAUGUCCUCGUGGCCACCGAUGUAGCCUCCAAAGGUCUCGACUUCCCGGACGUCCAGCACGUAAUCAACUACGACAUGCCGGAUGACAUCGAAAACUACGUCCAUCGGAUCGGUCGUACCGGUCGAUCAGGAUCUAAAGGUCUGGCCACCACCUUCAUCAACAAAGCAACCGAACAGUUUGUCCUUCUGGAUUUGAAGCACCUGCUGAUAGAGGCCAAACAAAAGGUCCCCCCAUUCUUGGGCGAGUUGUGCUCCGAGACGGAGAAGUACGCCGACCUGGGAGACGGGUGCAGCUACUGCGGUGGUCUUGGCCAUCGGAUUACCGAGUGUCCCAAGCUGGAGGCGAUCCAGAGCAAGCAGGCGUCGAACAUCGGACGGAGAGACUAUCUGUCCAACACGGCGGCAGAUUAUUAAGUGUAAGUUAUAUGUUAAGGUUUAUCUCAAUAAAACUAGGAUAUUCCACAA